ACCGAAAAGGAGGCUCGAAGUGAGAUUUCGGAAAUGGGUGCAGACUCUAUCACCUCAUUCUAAGGAUUGCCAGUUUCAAAAUGCUCUUUGCCCUCAAGGACCUCAGUGGUCCCUCACCAUUGUAUUCCCUCAGCAGUGCUCACAAGGUUGCUAUGGGAAUCUUAUGAUAAUCUGAGAGGAAGUAAGUCCCCAGUAACAUUGCAGUUACUCAUGAUGUGCCUGAAGUGAAGAGGAAGGGAAGCACUUAACAUAUCAAAGUGCCAAAACUCUGCUGUGUCAUGGCUACAGACUCUGGUGAAUCAGCUAGCACAGAGGAAUCAGAGAAACCUGAUGAGGUUUCUUUGGAAAGUCGGGGUCCCUCUGUUGAUGCCGCUAUGACCAUGGAGGCCAGGACAAAAGAGAAUGUGGGCACACCAUCUCCCUCCGGGGCAACUACAGAAAGGAAAAGGUUCUUCCGAAAGAGUGUGGAGAUAAUGGAAGAUGAAAAAGUUCUGGAGCCUGCUCCCAGGGACGAACAAGAACAACUCAUGGUAGGUGACCAGAGGAUGGAUAAUAUUUCAGCAAGCAUCCUGGUAACUGGUCAGGAGGCCAGAAGUGAGCAGGGCUCAAAGGUGAAUUUAGAAGCCUCAAAGGAAAGGACCAAGAAAGAGAUAGAAGAGGAGGCAGAGAUGAAGGCUGUGGCUACAUCACCAGGUGGAAGAUUUCUGAAAUUUGACAUUGAGCUGGGAAGAGGAGCCUUCAAAACAGUUUUCAAGGGGCUGGACACAGAAACCUGGGUAGAAGUUGCUUGGUGUGAACUGCAGGACAGGAAGCUGACCAAAGCAGAACAGCAGAGAUUUAAAGAAGAAGCAGAAAUGCUUAAAGGACUCCAGCAUCCUAACAUCGUUCGAUUUUAUGAUUCCUGGGAAUCCACAGUCAAAGGAAAGAAAUGCAUUGUAUUAGUAACUGAGCUGAUGACAUCUGGAACAUUGAAGACAUACUUAAAACGUUUCAAAGUCAUGAAGCCAAAGGUUUUAAGGAGCUGGUGCCGACAAAUCUUAAAAGGGCUGCAUUUUUUGCACACGAGGACCCCUCCUAUAAUCCACCGUGACUUGAAAUGUGACAAUAUCUUCAUCACAGGACCCACUGGUUCAGUCAAGAUUGGAGACCUGGGACUGGCAACUUUAAUGCGCACAUCAUUUGCUAAGAGUGUCAUUGGAACUCCUGAAUUCAUGGCUCCUGAAAUGUAUGAAGAGCAUUACGAUGAGUCUGUGGACGUCUAUGCAUUUGGAAUGUGCAUGCUGGAGAUGGCAACUUCUGAGUACCCUUAUUCUGAAUGCCAGAAUGCAGCUCAAAUAUACAGAAAAGUAACCAGUGGCAUUAAACCUGCUAGUUUUAACAAGGUGACUGAUCCAGAGGUGAAAGAGAUCAUUGAAGGAUGCAUUCGACAAAAUAAGUCGGAAAGGCUGUCCAUCAAAGACCUCUUAAACCAUGCUUUCUUUGCUGAGGACACGGGACUCAGAGUGGAGCUUGCAGAAGAUGAUGAUGGGUUAAAUUCUUCUCUGGCAUUGAGACUUUGGGUGGAAGAUCCCAAGAAACUGAAAGGCAAACACAAAGACAAUGAAGCUAUCGAGUUCAGUUUUAAUCUGGAAACAGAUAUCCCAGAGGAAGUUGCUUGUGAAAUGGUAAAGUCAGGAUUUUUCCAUGAAAGUGACUCCAAAGCUGUGGCUAAAUCCAUCCGGGAUCGUGUUGCCUUGAUUAAGAAGACCCGAGAAAGAAGGCAGGUGGACUACUUGGAGGAGAGGAGGGACUCUCAAAGCAAGUUGCCAAGUGGCCUGCCUCUGCUCCAGCCACAAGGCUCAUCGUUCACCAUUGCUUCCCAGCAGAACAAGACAGAAUGUGAGGAAACAGAGGUUGACCAACAUGUCCGACAGCAGAUUCUUCAACAAAUGCAGCACAGUUCCUCUCUCACUGCUGACAGCUUAUCUGACCAAGGAACAGGAUCGGUGAUAUUGUCAGAUGCCUCCAGCCAACAUAGCAUUCCCUUCUCUUCAGAUCAGAUGGUGGGCACCCAGCAAGUUCCUAGCCUCACUCAAGCUGAAAACAGUGUUCAAGGGCCUAUCUAUACUUCCCAGCAGCUGGUGGGGCAUUUCCAGUCCAUACCAGGGCCUUCCGAUUCCCAGGUGUUGUACGGUACAGAAGGACAGGCCUUGGAUGGAUCUAUCAUGGGUAUCCCUCAGCAGAUCUUGACAGUCACUUCCCCCCAAAGUAUACCUGCUUCACAGAUUGCAAACCAGCAACUGUCAGCCAGCAUACAACAGGCACCUGCUCCUAGACUAAGUAGUCAUUCUUCAGCUGCUGCAGGAUCAAUGGAUUUGGAAUACGCUCCUGCCAGUUCUGUACCUGCCAGUCAUUCACCUAUUCAACAGGGACAGCCUCCAGUUCAGUUUGUCAGUAAUGUAGCAAAUUUAGCACAGGGUCUUGUGAAUUCCUCAGCUCCACAGUCAAUUCCACAAGGAGUUGCAUCAAUUCAACAACCCCAGCAAAUUCCCCAGCAGGUGCCAUCUAUGCAGCAGCCCCAACAGGCUUCCCAACAGAUGACUUCCAUGCAACAAACCCAGCAAAUGAGUCAUCAAGUGGCAUCUACACAACAAGUUUCCCAGCAUUUGGUGGCUGCACAGCAGACUCAACACAUUCCGCAGCAGAUGGCAAACAUGCAGCAAGCUCAGCAGUCUCAGCAAAUGGCAUCCAUGCAGCAGUCCCAGCAAAUGGCAUCCAUGCAGCAACCCCAGCAAAUGGUUUCUAUGAAGCCGCCCCAGCAUGUUUCCCACCAAAUGGCUUCCAUGCAACAUUCCCAGCAAGUUCCACAACAAAUGACAUCCAUGCAGCAGCAGCCCCAGCAGAUCCCUUUACAGGUGGCAUCGAUGCAGCAGCCCCAGCAAAUUCCACAGCAAAUGGCAUCCAUGCAGCAGCAGCAAGUGGUAUCCAUGCAGCAGCCCCAGCAAAUCUUGCAGAUGGCAUCCAUGAAUCAACCCCAACAGAUUCCUCAACAGAUGGCAUCCAUGCAGCAGCCCCAGCAGGCUCCCCAGCAAGUGAUGCCCGUGCAGCAGCCCCAUCAGCUUCCACAGCAGAUAGUAUCCAUGCAGCAGCCCCAGCAAGUGGUGUCCAUGCAGCAAUCUCAGCAUGUUCCCCAACAGGUACAGCAAGUGGUAUCCAUACAGCAGCCACAACAGAUGACCCAGCAAGAGGCGUCCAUGCAGUCCAUGCAAAAUCCUCAACAAGCACUGUCCAUUCAGCAGCCGCCACAGCAAAUGACCCAGCAAGUAAUUUCCAUGCAGCAGCCACAGCAGGUUGCCCAACUGGUGGCAUCCAUGCAGCAGCCUCAGCAGAUUUCCCAACAGAUGGCAUCCAUGCAACAGCCCCAGCAGGUUGCCCAGAAUGUGCCAUCCAUGCAGCCGCAACACAUGCCAUCCAUGCACCAAACCCAGCAGGUGGUAUCCAUGCAACAGCCCCAGCAAGUUCCCCAGCAAAUGGCAUCCAUGCAGCAGCCCCAACAAAUGCCCCAGCCACUUGUAUCCAUGCAACAAGCCCAGCAGGUGGUGACCAUGCAACAGCCUCAACAAAUGCCCCAGCAAGCAGUAUCCAUGCAGCAGCCCCAGCAAGUUCCCCAGCAUGGAAUAUCAACACAACAUCUCCAAGCAACAUCUGUCAUGCCACAAUCUCAUCAAACUCCCUAUCAGAUGGGCUCUAUUCAGCAGUCUCCACAAGUUCCUCAGCAGGUUAGCUCUUUUCAACAGCCACAGCAAGUUGGAUCUGUACACCAGGUUUCCAACAUACCACAGCAAGCCGCGCCAACACAGCAGUGUCCGCAGUACUCAAGAAUGCCUGUAGGUCCUCCCAGGCAGUCUUCUUUGCCCCAGCAAGAUCAGCAAGCUAUUCAGAUUAAUCAGUCUACAGAUCUGCACCCUGGUGUAAUGCAACAAAUGUUAUUCCAUUUGUCUGUACAGCAGCCGAAACAGGAGCAGCUUGUUCUCCCUUCUAGUGCUACAGAGCAGAUGCCAGUUGCACCUCAGCAAAAUGUAGAAAAGCAGCAGCUGGCAGCUGAGGUUUCCUGUUCAGAACAGGUGGCUUAUUCUGUGCAGAACCAGUAUCAGGUACAAACUCAAGAACAACUGAUCUAUCCUGCUCCACCCUCACAUCAUCUACCAGCUUCUGAGCAAUUGGUUCACCAAGUACAGCCAGCAAACCAGCAGGAGGUACAAGAUCAAGCAACAUGCCAGAAGCAUGCCACAUACCUAGUGCAGGGUUCAGAUCAACCUCCCUGCCAAGAGCAACUGGGCUAUCCAACAUCUGGAAUCUAUGCAGGGCAGGCCUUGGACCCAGCAACAUAUCCAAUGCAGCCUUUUUACCAGGGGCAGCAGACCACAUUCAGAACCCAACCACCACCAUAUCUUGGUCAACCUCCUGAAACCCAGCAGUCUCACCUAGCAGUACAGGCCACAGAUCAGCCAAAUUUUUCUGCACAGUCUCCUGAGCAAUCGCUAUAUAUGAUGAAAGAUGGUGGUGUUGGGGGUGUGGAACAACAGGUCUUCUUGGCACAAUCAGGGGAAGUCCUUUCUUAUCCUUCAGAGCAACACCAAUCUGAGCCACCAACGUAUCUCAUCCCGCAAGAUACUAGCUUAGGGCACCAGCUGUCACCUCAUACGCUGCAUAGGAUUGCCGAAAAACAACAACCAGAACGGCAAACCCCUUUUGUACCAUCUUUUGUACCACAAAUGCAGCCACAACCUCCAUAUCAGGAACUCAGACAGCAUCCUCAGCCUCUCCAAAUCACAACCCCUCAGUCUGUCCCUAGCAUAUUACAAGUGACAUCUUCUGUCCCAGAACAGCCAGAAUUAGCUUACACAGUCCAACAAUCAUCAGAACUCUCAGAGCCCCUGUCCAACACAAGCCUCAUGCAGCCAUCCCAAGCAUUUCAGCCAGCUGAAAGCAACCAGCAAUUUUCUCCCAUGCAGCCAGGAUAUGUUCAACAGCAGCCAAUGUAUCAGACUUCAGCAUUCUCCGGAGAAUUGGGCCUUCAGAACCAGGUGCCUCCUCUGGCGACAUCCCUGAACCAGCAAGCUUCACUUAGUACAGUGGUACAACCAAACCAAGAACAUAUACAAGGACAAGAUAUUCCACAGGUUUCCAUAUUAGCAGCAGAGGAGCAACCCACAGUUCAAAAACAAGAUUCUGUCCAAGGAUUAAUCUCUGACCUAACCACCCAGAAGGAAGGUGUCAGUGCUUGUGAUCCUCCAAGUGGAAAUGGCAAGCAAGAUAAGAGCAAGCAAAGGCGGACCUCCUGUGCCCGAUCAGAGAAGGGAACCAAAUUUCAGCUCACUGUAUUGAAGGUGUCAACAUCAGGAGACAACACUGUGGAGUGCCAACUUGAGACUCACAACAAUAAGAUGGUCACAUUUAAAUUUGAUGUUGAUGGAGAUGCUCCAGAAGACAUUGCUGAUUACAUGGUUGAAGAUGAUUUUGUGUUGGAAAGUGAAAAGGAGAAAUUUGUUGAUGAAUUGAGGACUAUUGUUUGCCAAGCCCAGGAAAUCAUUCGCAGCAUUCCUAUUGAAGAUCGUGCCUCUGGCUUAGAGUCAGUUCCCUUGGAUCCAGCCAAUAGCCAAACAGGAUCUUCUGAACAAGUUCAGAUAAACCCAGCAUCUACUCAAACUGGCAGUGACUCUGCUCCCCAAUCAUCCCCUGUUGGCCGCUGGAGAUUUUGCAUCAAUCAGACAAUAAGGAACAGAGACCCCCAAGCACCCUAUACUCUUUUGCAGUCAACAACAACUGCCCCGGGACGUCAGAUGACAGAUCAUUUAAAGGAAAAUACCAAAGAAGAGAGCCCUCAAAAUUAUUCAAAGACUGUGGAAAAUCUUAACAACCAGCAAGGGUCUACUCCUCCUUCCAGCUCAAAUGUUCUGAGGAGUGACAGUAAGAUAUCUGAGCCCCAAAUUUUAAAAAGUGAGCAAUCAGCUUGUCCUCACCAAGUGGAAGUCAGCAUGGAUACCCUGCUGUCUACCACUGCUGGUGACAACGAUGCCCUUGCUCAUGAUUCUGCAUCCUGGGUUGAGUCUUCAGGGAUAGAGACUCAGGGUGAUGGACCUUGCCUUUCAUCCUACCCACUCUGUCCAACUGCUGGAACCACUGAGAUGAAUAUGUCUACUGAGACCUUUCUGUCCAGAUCAACUGACUGUCACAUCCCAACCACUGAGGACAUGGAUAACUCAAUGAAUUCUGAACAGGCUGGUGCCAUGGCUCAGACCCCAGGCCAGGAAGGACUUUCCUUCGCUUCUGCUCUGGAGUCAGACAGCGAGGGUCCCCCUAAGAUGGAUUUUGCUGACAACAAUAUAAAGACUCUGGAUGAGAAGCUACGGACGCUUUUGUACCAGGAGCACAGUUUCUCGGGGACUUCCCCUGAGAGCCAGAAAGACACACAAAGUGCAGUAGAGUCUCCAUUUUCCUCCUCUGCUGAAGAUUUCCCUGCCUGCCCAGUAUCUGAAGAGCUAGAUAUCAAUUCCCCCAACGAGACCCAGCAAAGCCCAUCAGAGGUGUCAGAUCCUCAAACUAUGUGCAUGCCACCCACAAGUCAUCCAGACAGUCUGCCAGUGCUCAGGAGAGAGCCCAGUAAUAUCACCUCUGCCCCCAGUGAUCUCUGCAAAAACGAGACGUCCCCAGAGGCUUCAUUUCCUGAGAACCCUGUGGCUUGUCCUGCUUCAGCAUCAAGUGAUGGAGCCGUGCACCUGCAUGCAGGAGGUGGAUAUUUUGGCCUAAGCUUUACUUGCCCUAGUCUCAAAAACCCUAUUAGCAAGAAAUCCUGGACUCGCAAAUUAAAAAGCUGGGCAUACAGGCUACGGCAGACCAGCUUUUUCAAGAGAUCAAAAGUCCGGCAAGAUGAAAUGGCUGGGGAUAUUACGCCUGAUUGGAUUUCUCUCUCUGAGCAAGCAACAGUAGAGGAUAAAAUGACUGGUCAGUCUAAAACUGUGGCUGGAUCAUUCCAACGAGGCCGAUUUCAGGUAAUCACAGUGCCUCAGCAGUUGGCCUCAGGUGGUUCAGAAAGUGAACACUGUGAGAUGCCUCCUUCCUCGGAGCCUAUGGGAGAAGAGGGGACUCUUAGGCAAGGAGCAAUGGCUGUAUUGGCCAGUGCUGUGGUUGAAACAGAUGGAUCAUCCACUACUCCUGAGCAGCGGGAACUGGAGGAGACCUCAGCCACUGCUAGCAGCAUGCAGUCUAGCUUGGAGCCCUGGUCCAAAGGGGGCUUUGUGCAGAAGCAGCCAAGCUCUGAUAGUGAACUUUCUGCCCCCAUGGGUUGUAACUUACAAAGCUGGGAGCGAAGCCAACAGUCACAUGAGGAGAGGGGUGGCACCCACACAAAGAGGCGCAGUUCCCUCUUUUAUUCUCCCUCAUCCCCAAUGAGCAGUGAUGAUGAAUCUGAAAUUGAAGAUGAGGAUCUGAAGGUGGAGCUGCAACAUUUGCGGGAGAAACAUAUACAGGAGGUAGUGACUCUUCAGGCUCAGCAGAACAGAGAAUUGCAGGAAUUAUAUGAGCGUCUUCGCACCAUCAAAGAUAGCAGAUCGGAAUCAUCUGAGAUCUCCCUGCCACUGUCAUCUCCACGCCGGCCUAAAUCUUUCAAAAGCAAGCUGCGGAGCAGGCCCCAGUCUCUCUCACAUGUAGAUAAUGGCCUUGUGGCUGCUGAAUGCUGCUGUGCUACUACUGCGGCCUCUGUAAUAGACUAUCAGUUGAGCAUUCAAGCCCAUUUGCUGCAUCAGAGCUGUUCGCAAACAGAGACGAGCCAAGACCAGCUCUGCAUUGUUAGCAGCACUGCUUCUUGUCAGCAAACGACGGCCAGUAAGAAAGGGAUGUUCACAGAUGACUUACAUAAACUAGUGGAUGAUUGGGCAAAAGAAAAAGUGGGGAACUCUCUUAUCAAGCCAAGUCUCAACCAGAUCAAACAAAACAAGCACCGACUAGACACGGACAGUUGGAGCAGAGUAUAUGAGACAACAGCAUCUACAGUGGGGUACACAUCCACAUGGAUUUCUUCCCUUUCCCAGAUCCGUGGGACAAUACCAGCCGCUUUGCCCCAGGGACUCCCCCUCUCACCCUUUUCUGGCACGAUAUCGCCGUACGGAGUGCCCCAUGUUUGCCAGUACAACACCAUGGCGGGGACAACUUACCCAGUGCAAUGGAUGGGCAUUUCAGGGACGCCCCCGCAGCCCGUCGUCGUCCCUGCUCAGCCUGCGGGACCCUUUCAGCCAGGGAUAAGCAUGCCAGCCUUCCCCGCCUCCCCUGUGCAGAAUCCAGCUCCCAUCCCUCCAGGUCCCAAGUGAAGAUGGAUGGCUCAAGGAGGAUAGCGAUGGGGACUGUGCCUAUAACUCAUGAUUCCAUUCCUCUGCCUUGCAUUCUGCAGCCUGGAUUGUUGGGGGGCAGUGAAUUCCCCAGUGCGGCAAAGUGUGAUGGGAGUGGUGGGAGACUGCCUUUGCAUUCUCUUCUUUGAAUACUUGAUUUCAUUUUCUGUUGGGGUGGGCGGGUUGGAGGGCCGGGGAGACCUUUUUCUUUUAAAAAGUACUUGAGAGAGCUUCAACCUGUUCAUCUCAUUCUUCCUGAGAUGGACAUCAUGCCCAUGUGCUGCUUAUUAUUGAUGAGCCUUCCUUGCCAUUCUUGUCCCAGUUUCCUUGCUACUUCUCAUGGGUUUGGUUUUCUUUUUUAGAAUGAUAGUAGCUCUUCUUAAAUUUUACACCUUUGAGCAUUUGAGUUAGUUUACUGAAGGGGAUGGCACAACCCUCCUUAAUUUUCUGUUUCUCUGGUUUCAUUGUCAAUUCAGAUCACAGGCUAGCUUGGGAAAGUAAAAAAGAAAAGUAAGGAAGAAAAAUGCUGGUAGCCUGACUAGCUGUAGUUUGAAUCCAAUGAUAAACUGAAAGAUUAUCAAAAGAAAACACACAAACAGUUGUCACUGAUUAGUUCAUUUUGCAAGGUUUGUAAUUGUUACUGGGCAAUUAAUGGCAGCUAGAUUCCUUAUACGCACACUGCAUUUGAUAGAUGUAUAUGGGUUGUUGACCAGAUUUUUGUACCUGAGUUUUGGGGUUGUGUCUUUUUUUAUAUAUAUAAAAGCUUAUUUUGCAGCUGACACAAAUCUUCUAUUGAGCAGAGGUGGGAGGGCAGUAGCAGAGGGGAUGGGAACAGAAGGGGGGAUUGCCUAAGGGGCUUUAAAAUGUCCCAUGUCACCCAUUUGCACCUCAUUUGUGAUCCAUACUUAACACAGUUUUUAUGAACGGAAAAAUUAUGCAUGGAAACAGGGUCAUGUGCUCACAGUUGGAUACCAAUUGGGUCUGCUUAACAGUGAAUUAGAUGUAUGGAGGUCCAUAGUUUAGAAGAUCAAUGUUGUCAUCAAUGUUGUCUCUUGCAGCUUAAGAAGCUUAUGUGCUUCUUUUUUGUUUACUCCAAAGAGAAAGUGUUCCAUUUUUUGUGAAAGAUGAAAGAUAAACAAGCUGUACAACCAUGAUCGGUAGCAAGAAAAGAAUACCAGGCUUCCUUUUGCUCAACAUUCUAGCAUUUUAGGCUAAACAGAAAGACAAACCCAUGGUCUGGGAAUUUGCUGAGUAACAUAACUGAAAGGUCACCACUGUUUGGAGUUUUACACUUUCACAGCUUCUUAAUUUAAUAAAUUGUAUUUCAACUCCUCCAUAAGGCCUAUACUUAGCAAGAUCCUUUUGCCAAAGGAAUGGCUCCAUUUCAUAGUUGCCUUAAUUGGGCCAUAGACAUAAUUUGCUAGGACUAACAUUACAUUUGUUGUUUCUUCAUCUAUUUUGACUCUUAACAGAUAUCCCCCUUCCCCCUGUUCAAGAGUUUUAGACUAGCAGGGCUGCUUCAGUUAGGACUCCAGGCACUUAACAUUGCAUCCCCACGUGGAUUUCCCUUUCGCCUCCAUAUAUUAAGAAUUACAGAGCUCUGCUUGUAUUCUGAAUUUGCAAAGUUAAAUUAUUGUCUCUGCAGUGUUGUGUCAGAUUUGCGCUGUUGUCGAACAUGGAAAUGUACCUGCUUUGCUAAGAAAAGUAAGAGGAAUGUAGAGGAGACUGUAAUUCAUUACAGUGCAGGAAAGCAGACGAGGUGAUCCUGCAACCAUUCCUGUUCUCAGUAGGAUGGCAAGAAUUGCAGUUAAAUAAAAUCUUCAGGGCCACAUGAUUCCCAUCCUUAAAUUAAAACUAGGUAUCUGAGAUUCAGGCAUUUGAGUCCCAUUUAAAGCAAUUGAAUUAAAUGAAAGUGUUUUGGCUUCAUUAUGUUCUAAUUGGAUGGCCAGGCUACCUAGAAUACUGCAGAGACAAACAACAUAUUUGAACUUGCCUCUUAAAAUGUUAUUGGAAAAGUAAGUGGUUCCCAGAACAUCUGGGUGUUUUGCAGCUUCCCUUCCCUUUUGUUUCCACCAGGAGAAAAGACCCUGUUUCCCAUGUAUAAUGCAGCCUCCUUGUUCUGCCUGCAAAGAUUUGCAGUGCCUUGUGAUAGAUAAUCUUUAGCAUCUUUUCAGAUUUUUACUGGAAAGGCAAAAAAGUAGUUGUAGUCUUUUGAAGUUUGAUGUUUGAACAGUGCAUUGCUGUAAAUCCUAUGAUGAUCUGCAGCAGUGGAAUUAAAUGUAUUUGGUGGGGAGACGUUUCAGUUUGAAAAAAUGAGAACAGUGUUACAUCUUUCUUUAAAAAAUACUUAAAACACAUCUUUUAUUUUUAUUUUUAAAAGUUUGCUCAUUUUUUCUUCUUCUUUGGCUUUCCUAAAAGAGGUAUUGACUGCAAACUUUGGUUGGAGCACACAGGAAAGGGGGGAAUUUUGUGCUGUACUUGAAAAGUAUUGCCAAAUGAGAUAACUUGACAGAUCCCAAAACAUAAACUAUUGAGCAGUAGUACAGGAGGCUACUUUAUGUUUUCUGCAACAAUUGUAUGUGUGCCUUGAGUAUAUCAGUGGUACCUCGGUGUGUAUAUGUGUGCAGCAAACACACUUGAUGUGAAUGACUUUAGGGAUUCAUGGUCCAACCAAAGCUCUCCUGCACAUGCAAAUAGAUUGAUAAGGAUGUACACUUCUCAUUCACAAGUCAUGCAUUUGAUGGGAGGGGUGUACCACAAAAGAGCAGUGUAGUAAAUAUAGUUGCGGUAUAAAAAUAUCAAGUGCUCCUUAAUGUCAAAGCCAAACUAGUAACGGGCAGAACUGAAUAUUGGAAUGAGGCUCCUGCUGAAUUCAUGUAAAGUAGAAGGAAGGAUUUAAAGCACUUCAUGCUUAGGCUUGAGUGGAGUAUUGAGGCCAUACUUCCUCACCUUCAGCUUUUUUCCAGAUUUAUUUUUUACUGGCUCACUUUGAAACUGGAAGUAAGAGGAAGGCAUGGGUUUAGGACAUAUGUGCAGAGGUUCCAGCAUCUCCUUUCUAGUUACCCAUGCUGUUUUGAAUUUAACCUUCUCACACCUACAUGAGGAGUUGGCACGACUCACAUUCUGACACAUCAGUUACCUUCGCAACUAAGGAUCACAAAAUAGUGCAGUUUUGUAGAUUUGUUAGUUGUUUUCAUCUCAUUGUUUAUACUAGAAUGUCACAAAUAAGGGGCUUGGUUUUAGUUCAUGUGAUGCAAAAAAAUGCCAUCAAAGCAUAAUACAAUAUGGCAAUGAUACCCUCACUUUGGUCAUCUUCUUCUAAGGCACAAGUUGUACAAUGCAUAGAGGUACUUCAGACAGUUUCUCAAGAGGUGGAACAUGACAUUCUUCUUUUAAGUAACUCUUAUGGGUCCAAAGCAAUAUAAAACUUCAUGUAAGAUUUGUUCAUUUUGGGCAGGGGAAUCUUUCCAGACUAAUUAGUCAUAGUGCAGUCUACAAGGGUUUCCUUCUUUCCAGUGUGGAAUUCCUCAAGAAUGUGCCCUUAAAAGGAAGCAAAGCUUAAGCAGUAUUGGUGCUGUAGAGGUUAAGCCAUAGCCCCUUCUCUGUUUCCUCUUAUCACUCCAGUUUGGAACAGAAUUUGUCUAUGAGCUUUGCUUAUGUACAGUGACAAUAUAUAUUUUCCAGAUUGUGUGGGACAAAACAUGAUUUCCUAUAUGUGGAUAGUGAAGGUGAGGGCGGGAGGCGAGGGCAAUGCCCAUUGAGUAAGGCUUGUGUUUGCAUUGUGCAGCGUGUGCAUUGAACCAUUCCACUUUAGUUGGUCUUCUGAAAGAGCCAUUGUUUUGCAGCUCCUAAUAGAGAUUCCCUUCAGGGAACUCCUUACAUGGUUUUUUGUAAUUUGAUAAAGAAAGUGGGCAGUGAUCAAGUAACUUACCUGUUUUAUGUCAUUUCCAGUUUACAAGCAGUUGGGUCUUUUCCAUUUACUUGUAUCUGUGUCGCUUAGGUUGCAGAGAUGGGGGCGUUUCUGGCAAAACCAACAACCUUCCCCACUUCCUCUCCGCAAUCUCUAGUAGUACGGUACACACUCAAAUUAUCCACCUCAAGUGUGGAGCAUGAUGAUAUUGUGUCAUACACAUUUUGAACCAAUAGACUUUGUAUGGAGGAAAAGACAGGUGGCACUGCCAGUUUUCAGCGCAUCCUUCAUAAUAACUGGUUUCUGCCUUUUAUUCUCAGAGAAUAUGAGGACAGAAGCUUUUGUUAUCCACAACGUACAGGAUGAUUAGCUAUGUUUUAACAGUAUCUGUUUAAAAAGCUACUGCAGUGUUUGAAAGAUUGUAACACCUGCUUUCUGUGUAUGAACAACAGAAAACUGACUGUCUUAAAAAGCCUGAGCCAGCUGCUGACUUGCACAUUGAAAGAAGGAGGGAAAUAUUUGGUACUUUUGUAUUGGUUUUGAAUAUCUGUGUUUAUUGUGUAGUCUGGUUUUCUUUCCCUCCCAGCUGCUUACAUAUUUUUUUCCAAAACAAAAAUUGACAACUAGGAAUCAAACUGUGAAUUUGGUUUUGGGAUGUGUGUUUUAAGGCACUUUUCUGUUGUGACGCUUGAACCUUUGCUUGUAUAAUAUGAAUGGAAUGUAUCAUUUCAAUGACUGGUUAAUUUUUCAAUUGUAUUCUAGCUGAGUUGUGUUUUUUUUCCUUGCAACAUUUAAAAGUUUCAUUUUUUUAUCUACCUCAUUUGUUACUGCUGUUUAAAUCUAGGCUGUGAUGUGAACAGUUUGUUCUACUUCCCCAUAUAUUUUUUUCUAAUUUGUUUGAGAUCUGAGACAGUGUUUCGACACAUAUAACUCUUCCCCUUCCCACUCCAUUUUUCUUCCUUGUAAUUUGUCAGCAACAGUUCUUAAACUGUUUACAGUUUUAAGGAGGAUGUUUAACUUUCACAAGGAAGACUUCAGAGGCUUAUGCAUCACCUUGAGUUUGACUUACUGUGACAGAUGAAUGAAAAGAACAAACUCUUGCAUUGUUUCCUGAAUAUCUCUCAAUGGGAUGCAGCAGCUUUGCAGAGUGUGUGACCCACUGCCUCAUUAGUCUUCCAUUCAGCAGGGAACGUGAUGUACGUGGGAAAAUGAGCUUAAAAAGCUUAUUUUCCUCAGGAAGGAAUUCUUCCUAUGUAUUUGCUUUGAAUGAUUGCUGGCAAACUAUUGAGGGUGGUGCCAAUACCAAUGCUCCCAAGGGAUCCCAAAUAGAAUAUAUGCUUGCACCCUCCCUCCCUACAUCCCAGUUUUUUAGAUGCUCUGGUAGGCUUGCCCAAAGCUUGCAUUGACAUCAGUCUCAACCAUGGCGCAAGCUGAAAUCAAUAUAUGCCGUUUGUUGGCUUUUACAACUUACAUUAGAUCUCUGGUUAAUAGGGAAUACCCUGUUAGGAUUGACCUCCCCUAUAGUUUGUGCUGAAAUUUGCUUUAACAAUAGUCAAGGCUAAUGAGGGAAGAGGACACAGUGCAAGGCUUAAUGCCUUAACAGAGUGUAAAGGAUUGGAAGAGUUGCAGCAGCACAAGCUUUUUGCAAGAUGUAUUUUGGAAGGCAGAGUCUUCAAUUGCUUUUAUGGCAAUAAAAUCAUACAUUCCUGGUUUUCUAUCAAUCCAGAAACCCAGCAAACAUUUUGCAAGAGGUGUGUUAUCUUCAAAAAUGUAGAUAAAUUGUUUGAUUUUAAAAGUCGUGGUUCAAUUUACUAAAUGAAGAACCCCAACUAAACAUCUCCUCGCCUCUCAGAACUGAUCUAGACAGCAGAUUGGAGGUAGAAGGCAAAACUGAUUAUUUAAGGGAUAAUUAUACAUCUUUUAGGGUUUUCCUUUCCUUUUAAAUGCUAUUUUAGUCGAUAACUCUGAUAAUUAUAUUCAAUCCCAUAUCCAAAUGGAAGGAUGAAAGUUGUGAGGAGUGCACUGCUAAAAUAUAUCCACAGAUCCAAAUUCUAUCCUCAUUUCAUACAUACAACUUUACAUGUGUACAUGUGCGUUGCACAUAUCAUUCAUGUGAUGUAAUUCUAUACCCAGCUCUUAUAGAGCCUUAGAAUAAUCCUACAGUAAGUUAGACUUGUAGCACAGUAUGCAUUUUUGACUAUCACUUUGGAUAAAUAGAUGUUGCCUUCCUUGCAGAAAAUGGAACUGAGCCAACUUUUUAAAAAGCCAUUAUUCUGGAACUUAAUAUAUAAACACAUUUUUAUUUCUCUUCUUUCCUCUUGUUCUGUGUUGGUAUUGGGGAAUUGGGUUCCAAUCCAGAGAAAAAUUCUAGAAAGCCAAGCAUGUGAUUUAAACCAGCCUCUCAAUGGGCUUAACUGUACCCUCCUGCAUAUAAUCACUACUUCGUAUGAUAUGUUUUCUAUGUAGAGCCCCUCUCUAUGUAGCAAAACUAUGCAUGCCAUUUUAUGGAAUAUGGUAUGAGCAUUUGCUUUGCUGCACCAAAAGCAUGAGCUGGCAAACCAAUGCCCACAGGAAUCUGUGUACCUACCUGCUGCUAUAUACUUCACACGUGAUGAAGUACACUGCUUUUCCUACCGUGUGAUUUAUCUGUAGGGAAAAAAAUACCAUACAUGAAGCAGCCCUCAGCGAUGGGUCACUAAAGUACAAGAUGUCUUGUGGAACUGCCUGUAUGUUGGUAACUUUCGUAAAGCUCCCACCAAUGCCACUAUAAGGACCUUGAGGUUCCCUGGCCAAUAUUUUAAAAGGGCUCCUAUUCAAGAAGCCCAUGCCAUUUCCAUUUGGUACAAGAGGUUGUAGAGAGCAGACAAGAGAAGGAUUUACUUGUAUAGGUGGAAGUUAAGCAUUGAGUUGGGAUUUGGGAAAAUGUUCACCCAGAGUAUACUGCAAACAUGGGCAGGAGACAUUUCUAAGUGGAUUGUGCUGGAUAGUACAGAGAGAAUGAAUGUGUGUGAGAGAGGUUUUCAUUCUCCCUCUGAGGGCCAUCAAUUUAAUUUUCAGGACUUGGAACCCACUUACAUUCUGUCUUUUAAAGUAUCCGAGGAAAAUGUUUGGUGUAUUUUCACAUUUUGGUUAAUUGAUGCCACAAAGAAUCUCUGACUGCAAUCCUGAAUGGCCAUUUUGGAAGUGCAGUUAUCCUUUGGGUUCCCAGGGUGCAAACAAAAUAAACUUAUCACAUUCUUUUUGGAGACUGUUCUGUGUGUGUGUUAGCUAGAGAUUACUGGGGAGCAUGUCAGAGUAUUAACAACUGCACGAUCAAUCCAGCUUUAUGCUGUGAAUAAAUGUCUCCUUUGACCUGCACACACACUGAUAACUUCACACUUUCAGAAACUAUUUUAAUGUUAUGUAAAUUAUACUUUACUGUAGCAUCUUAGGACUUCUUUUACCCCAAGCUCCUUUUCACACUACGGCUAAGAUGGCUGCUGCAUAGAGGAUGCAGCCAACUAAUUAUUUGCAAUAGGGGUGAGGCAUCCCAGUCAAUUUUUGAAAAAUCAUAGCCCUGACCUUUAUGGUAGAAAACGAAUGUCUCUUAUCAGCAGUUGUUUCCAUGUGUCUUUUUUUUACUAUUAUUUUUGCAAGCUGUGAGUUGACUUCAUUUAUACAAAACCAUUAACUAAUAUUUUUUAAACUGUUAAAAAAGAAAAAUAAAGGCUGUGUUGAAAAAAAGA